AUGGAUGGUAAGCCAUCGACCUUGAAAAUAUCAAGUUUGUUGAAUAGUUUCACUGAAGAUGAGACCGUAAGGGAAAUCCCUGUUGAUGACUUCAAAAAAGGUAAUAAGUUUUCAUUAAGUAAUAUUCUGAAUUCUAGCGAUAAUGAUAUUGCAACAACCAAUGUGAACUCUCAAGUCACUAAUAAUAUCAAAUCGGAAACUGUUAAAGUGGAGAAACCUAUAAAACAACAACAGAGGAAUGUUAAUAAUUAUUUAUAUGCACAACCAAGGUCAAGGUCGUUUGCAAACCCAUUUGAUUUGAAUCUGGUUGAUAAGACAAAAUUGACUCUCACCACUGAUUCUACAAAUAAUAUUAAAAUAUAUCAUGAAAAUUCACAAUUAUAUUAUACUUUGCCAGAAGGUUCAGUCCCAUGUUUUAUUAUCGAUGAUUUUGAGGCCUUUAAGUUUAAGACCCCAAUAGCAUUUUACGAGGCAGUGUCUGACUUAGGGGAGAAAUAUGGUGCAGUGAAAUUAACAAUAACAGAUCCUAGAUUCAACAUAACAAACGAUCUGAUAGAAACACACGAAUUAGCAAAUGAACAGUUUUGGUUCAAGACUAGAAAACAAUAUCUAUCUUCAUUCGAUACCGAAGCACAAAAGAUACUAGAGUUUCAUAAAGAUCUUUUCCAAUUUCACAAAAAUAUUAAAAAAACGAAUAUAACGAAAAUACCCAACAUAGAUAAAAGAAAAUUAGAUAUAUAUAGAUUAUGGAGCUGUGUUCAACUGCGAGGUGGGUUUGACACAGUUAGUUCCCAGAAAUUAUGGGCUCAAAUAGGUAGAGAAUUGGGUUACUCUGGAAGAAUAAUGAGUUCGUUAUCUACUUCAUUAAGAGCUGCAUACGUGAAAGUUUUACAAGAAUUUGACCUUUAUAGAGAACAAUUGCGUGAGAAACAAAGAGAGAAAGAGAAUACGGUAAAUAUAAAUCACAUUUAUGAACAAAAUCAAUUAAAUGUCCAUGCAUCCACUCCACAAAUCACACAUUUAUCAAAUUACGAAACCAACAAUAUAAACACAAAUAAAAGGAUAUCAUCCGAAAAUCUCGAUCAUUUGGAUUCAAUAAAUAAUUAUAACAUUAAAAAAUUGAAAAUUGAAAAUCCACUUAUAGAUAACAUCAAAUUUAUUACAUCAUCUGCUGCCGAAUACUUAAGAAUAAGAGAUAUUAAAUAUUCAAAAGGCUUAUACGUAAGUUUUGAUAACAUAACCGAAAUUAAGAAAAAUAUAACAACAAAUACAGAAAGAACUAUACCUGGAUAUGAUUUUUCGUUUUGGAACAAAGGACAGGAAGUAUAUGAUAAAUCUGUUUACAAUUGUAAAGCAUCGUCUAUCUUUUCUGUUAAACAAUUUUAUGAGAAAUCACAAAGAAACAUAAAAAAGCUUAGACAGUUAUAUGACGGUAAAUUAAAUUUAAAUUCUAUUUCGUCUAAAAACAGUCAAAUUUCGGAUGAGGAGUUUGAAUAUUCUUUAGAUACGAUGUUAUCAAAUCCUUCUUUAGAUUAUGAAAUAGAUACAGCGUUGGACAUAAUGCCUAUGAUUCACAAUGCAGAUUACAUAUUAAAUCGAAUCACUUAUGGUAAGAAAUUAAAAGCACUUGAAUUAUGGAAAUUGAAUAAUGUUCCAUUAGAAGAAAACUCUCUACUAAAAUAUUUAGAUAUUGAUUAUGGACAUGUAACAAGACCGAAACUUGAAAUUGGUAUGCAUUUUUCGACUAGAGGCUGGUCAGUCACUGAUAAUUUUAUGCCAUUAGUGGAUUAUAAUCAUCUUGGGUCGACUAAAUUAUGGUAUGUGAUCCCCCCAUCUGAAAUUGAAAAAUUCGAGACGUUAAUAAAAACUAUUAAUGAAUCUCGACCAUUUAAUACUUUCAAUGUAAGGAAUCUUUUACCCAAUGAGAUUGAGGAAAAUUUUAAGUCUUCUGAGUUUUAUAAAAAUUUUCUAGAGACUAACGAUGAUAACCCCGUUAUAUUUGGUAGUAAAAGGAAAAAUGUUCACUCAAUACUAAAUAAUGAAACAAUUAAGUCAACAAAUUUGGGUUUGUUACCAAAUGAUUUAUACUUAAAAUCUCGCUUUUUAAAGGAUAAUGGCAUUAACUUGAAAAAAAUAGCUCAAGAUGAAGGGUCCUUUAUUUUCCAGUUUCCUAAAAGUUAUUCAUCAUCUUAUGGUACUGGAUUCUAUCUAUCAGAGAAUGCUUUAUUUGCACCAAAAUCAUGGUUGAAAAACUCGAUUGAAGGUGAACAAUGGUUAUCAAAUAGAAAUAUUUUACCCUCUAUGUACAUGACACAAUUCCUCUCCAAUAUAGCAUUCAAUAAUUUAGAGCUUCGGUUUCAGUCGUCUGAUUUAUUAGGGAAAAUCAUCAGAGAGGAACUCCAUAAUCGAUCAAUGUUUAGGUCGAAACAUGGUACUACACAUGAACGCAUAGACAAAUUUGACUUUAUAUCAGAUUUAUCACUAGAGUCGACAGGCUUCUCCAAAGUUGUAAUUUCUGAUGAUUAUGAUUGCAUGUCAAUUUCUCUAAGGGAGUUUCUAUCUUUAAAAGGAGACGAAUUGUUUUCAAAUGAUUCAAACAAAUCACAAAAAGAUUUGUCAAUUUCAUUACAUCUAUCCCAUGAUGAUGAUGCACUUACUCAAUUGUUAUGCUUUAGUGAAGCCCAGAACACUACUAAAACUGCCAAGCUUCUUGAGGAUACUUUUGAGAUAAAUUUAUUUAAUUUAAUUAACAGCAAAUAUGUCAACAAGAAAGUACCAUUUCAUGAAAUGAAAGACUUAGUCUCAAAAUAUGAUCCAGAAAUUAUUGAGAAAUAUUUUGAUAAGACAAUCAUCAAGGAGUGCGAAAUAUUAGUGGCAGAGACAAAAGCAAUAUUAUCGAAACUUCAGAAUAUUUCCAUGAUUAAUGAUGCGAUACAGUUUGGUGAUAAUAUAAAACUAAAAAUAUUAACAGUUCCUGAUAAUGAUAAGUUAUUACUAAAAUUGGAAAAGGUGAAAGAUUCAUUUUCUACAUGUUCUUUUUACUUUCCAGAAAUGGAACAAACUAACCAUAUAUAUCAAAGGAUUUUAAAAUUAACAAGCAAUAGCAUACAGGCACUAUCAACAAAUGAUUUAAAAACUUUAAAAGAAGUAUAUAUCAAAUCAUUUGAAGUACCAAUAAAACAUUCGUUAUUGAAGACAGUUGCUGAUAAAAUACACAGUUUAGAAUGGGUUGAUUCUUACAAUAAAUAUAUUCUAAAAGUAGAUGAUGAAAUAAACUAUGCAUCUGAAAUUUUUACUGUAAAAUCUCUGUUACAAUUUUUCAAUUUUGGGGUACAAUGUUGUAAUGUUGAAGAUGUUGAAAGAUUGGAAAAUGUUAAGAAUAUUAUACUGAAAACUAAUGAAUUAAUUGGAUUGUUAUCAAAACAGUUUAAACCUAAAAAACAGCAUAGUAAAAUUUCCAUUGAGAUCUUGAAAAAUAUCAUUGAAAGAGCAAAAGAAGGUAAUUUACCAAUUGGUGCCACUAUGUUAAGAUUGAUUCAAAAUAUUAUCACUAGAAUUUCUGACAUUGAAUUGGAAUUUACACCAAUUAAUAAGUUAUUAAAUGUUAAUGAAGAAAAAAAGAACGAUAUAUUAAGGAUAAUCUACGGUGAUGAUAAUAUUGGAUAUGAGAUAUUUCAAUAUUUCAACGGUUCAGAGAAAGAUUUGAGAGCAAAUGUAUCAGAUUUUUCGGGUGUGAAAUUAUUAAAUGAUGCCUGUAAAAAUGCAAAAACAUGGUCCCUUGAUUUAUCAAAAUCGACAAAUAAAAAAUUGGACAAGUACCAUUUGAGAAUUAAAAAGGCUUUAGAUAUUUCUAGUGAUACUUAUGAGAACAAACUCAAAAGAUUAGCAAACCCUAACGAUAUCAUAGAAACUUCGGCAACAUAUUGCUAUUGUAGAGAUGGUGACAAAGGUGGUACGAUGAUAGAAUGUGAGAUAUGCAAAGAUUGGUACCAUAAAUCUUGUAUUAAUGAAGGACAAUGGAAUUUACCAACGAACACAGAUGAUAUUUUCAUUUGUGCAUUAUGUAAUUUGGAUAACAAUAGUGGAUUUUUUACGCAGCGUUUCACGUUAACAUUUGAGAUGAUUGAGGCAUUAAUAAUUUCAAGUAUCAAUUUGAAAGUUAUCUCUGAUCGUAUAGCAUUAAUGCAACUGAUCGAUAUGUACUUGGAUAUAAUAAAAUUUAAAAAAUUUGUUAGAUCACAUCUGUUUGAUGAAAAUGACAAUGUUAAAGAGGAGAUAACUGUAGCAGAAUUGAAAUUCACUUUACGAAAAAUCAUUGGAUCGCGAGUUAUUUUUAAUGACCCACUCAUUAAAAAAAUCUGGGAAAGAUACAGUAUAUUGGAAAUGAGUACUUUCCAAAAUUUCCAAAAACCUGGACAAAAUAUUAUAACAGGAUAUAAUUCAAGCGGUACAGAAAAGAUGAUUAAAGAAAAUUCUAAUCUUCCAUCAUAUGAUAGAUUAGUAGAAAGGCCCUUUGAAGUGACAGUAGACAAAAAAAUAGUGCAUGAGGAAAAGAUUUAA